AUGACUGACGGCCAGGGCAUCAGCGGCAUACACACAUUCGACCUGCCAACUUACUGGCUUAGCGACAUAGCCCUUUGGCUGCGAACCCUCGAAUCCCGUUUUGCUUUGCGGCUAAUCGCGAAGGAAGAAACUAAAUUCCAUUAUCUCGUAGCCGCAUUGCCACUGGAGAUUGCAACAGACCUUCGUGAUAUUAUAGACAGUCCACUCACAGAGACUCCCUAUACUACACUAAAGGAGGCCCUCAUCUCCCGUGAGGACCUUGGUGACAGGAAGCCAACCCAGCUCCUUCGGCGCCUGGAGCAGCUAGCUGAGGGACAACAGCUGGACGGCACCAUGUUCAAACAGCUUUUCUUCCAGCGGCUGCCCUCAUCCGUGCAAGCUAUCCUUGCACCCAAAAUUCCUUCCUCGUCAGUUCAAACGCUGACUGAGACAGCCGACCGGAUACUCGAGUACUUUCAACCACCCGUCUUGGUGAAUGUUUCUACUCGGGCCGUAACGACACCUUCUAUGGCAGAUGUCGUCCGACGCCUGGAUGCCCUCACCCUCGAAGUUGCCCAACUCCGGGCCACUCGUGUCUACAACCCUCGUAGUACUUCGACUAUUUGUCGCCCAGGAUCUCCCACUCCCAACCAAACUUCAACUGAUGGUCUUUGUUGGUAUCGCCACAAUUAUGGUCCAAAUGCCCGUCAUUGUCGAUCCCCGUGCAGGCACAAGAAGUCGGCAUCGGAAAACUUCGCCGCCGGCCAGUAA